UGCAGUUAUAAGUGAAACACAAGUGCAUUGUUCGGUCGAAGUUGAAAGGUCGCAGUUAGCAAAAGAUGUCUGCGCCCAUGACCGCAUCAUAGAGAAGGAGAUGUGGAGGACAGCUUGUGGUCUCCCUGUACGGGUAGCAGAAAGAGGGGUACAGAGGGUGUGGGAAACAUGGACCUGUUCUUACACUUCGUCAAAACCCUCUUCUCAAUCAGCUCCCACUCUUCGGACUCGGGCUGAGAAAGAGAGGCGAAGGAAAGAGAAGGAAGAGGCCAUACUUGGCAGUCAACACAAUGGUCCUGAAGAUCAAGGAAUGAAAUGGAGUGAUAAGGAGAGAAUAGCAUACAGUGCCUCAACUCCUCCAGGCAAGAAGAAAGACACCACGCUGCCCUUUCCUUCCUCCUACAGCCCAGAGUAUGUGGAGGCCAGCUGGUACCAGUGGUGGGAGAAACAAGGGUUCUUCACCCCGGAGAACCACGACAAUCUACCGGGAGCUGUGAAUCGGUCUUUCUCCAUGUGUAUCCCUCCACCUAAUGUGACUGGCACGCUUCACCUUGGUCAUGCUCUCACAGUGGCCAUAGAGGAUGCGUUGGCUCGCCGGAGGAGGAUGCAGGGUUACAAAGUGCUCUGGGUACCAGGCUGUGAUCAUGCUGGUAUUGCCACACAGACGGUGGUGGAGAGGAUGUUGUUCCGGGAACACGGGAAGAGAAGAAAAGAUCUCAGCAGGGAGGAGUUUCUACAGGAAGUGUGGAAGUGGAAGAAGAGUAAAGGAGAUGAGAUCUACCAUCAGCUGAGGAAACUUGGUGCGUCUCUGGACUGGAGCAGAGCCUGUUUCACCAUGGAUCUGGGUUUCAGCAGUGCUGUGACGGAGGCCUUUGUCAGGAUGUGUGAUUCUGGUCUGAUCUAUCGCUCGGAGAGGCUUGUGAAUUGGAGCUGUGCUCUGGAGUCUGCAGUCUCUGAAAUAGAGGUUGACUCUAAGCAGCUAUCAGGAAAGACACUGCUGUCAGUUCCUGGUUACCAAAAGAAGGUGGAGUUUGGGACCAUGUUUACCUUUGCUUAUCCUUUAGACGGUCAGGAUGGGGAGGUGACAGUGUCCACCACUCGUCCCGAGACCAUGCUGGGAGAUGUGGCCAUCGCUGUACAUCCAGAGGACCCGCGUUAUCAGGCAGUUCAUGGUAAACACUGCCGACACCCCUUCACCGACCGACUCAUACCCAUCAUCACAGAUGCGACGGUGGACGUGGAGCUGGGUACAGGGGCUGUAAAGGUCACUCCAGCUCACGACCACACUGACUUCCUGCUUUCCCAGAGACACGGUCUUCCUUGCCUUACUGUGAUUGGAGGAGAUGGCGCCAUGACCCCACUCUGUGGCCAAUGGCUGGAGGGAGUGAGGCGCUUUGACGCCAGAGAACAUGUGAUCGAUGCACUUCGAGAGAAGAAGCUCUUCAGAGGGAAGGAGGAUCAUGCCAUGUCUUUACCCCUCUGCAGCCGCUCUGGAGAUGUUAUUGAGCCUUUGUUGAAGAAGCAGUGGUUUAUGCAUUGUGAAGAGAUGGCCCAGAGAGCCAUACAGGCAGUGGAUGAGGGACAGUUAGAAAUAAUCCCACACUUUUAUACCAAAACCUGGAAGAGCUGGCUCUCUAAUAUCAGUGACUGGUGCAUUUCCAGGCAGCUUUGGUGGGGUCACCAGAUUCCGGCCUAUCGAGUGUCUCUUCCUGGUUCAGCAAACACAGAGGAGGAACUUUGGGUCUGGGGGCGGAGCCAGGCGGAGGCCAGGGAACGUGCCGCUGUGAAGUACGAAGUGACACCUGACUCCGUUACUCUGACUCAGGACCCUGACGUUUUGGACACCUGGUUUUCCUCUGGGCUCUUCCCUUUCGCCAUGUUGGGCUGGCCACAACAGACGAGUGACCUGAGGCAGUUCUACCCAAACACCAUACUGGAGACAGGAAGUGAUCUCAUUUUCUUCUGGGUAGCCAGGAUGGUAAUGCUGGGAACAGAGUUGACUGGACAGCUGCCCUUCAAGCAGGUGCUCCUCCAUUCUCUGGUGAGGGAUAAGCAUGGCAGGAAGAUGAGUAAAUCUCUGGGAAAUGUCAUCGACCCUUUAGAUGUCAUCUCUGGCAUCUCUCUAGAGAGGCUCCAAGAAAAAGUGAAAGAGGGUAAUCUUGACCCUCGUGAGAGCGUGGUUGCCAUGGAAGCACAGAGUAAGGACUUCCCUAAGGGGAUUCCAGAGUGUGGAACCGAUGCGCUCCGCUUUGCCCUCUGCUCAUACAAGGCCCAGGGUGAGGACAUCAGCCUGUCUGUGUCCCAGGUCCUGAGCUGCAGACACUUCUGUAACAAGAUGUGGCAGACGGUUCGGUUCACCCUGGGUGUGCUGAAGGACAGGGGGGCGGAGCUACUGCCAUUGGAACAGACUGCUCCUCUGAGCGGUAUAGACCGGUGGGUGUGUUCUAGGCUGUACAGCACGGUUCUCCAGUGUGAGCAGGGCUUUGACCGCUAUGAGCUCCACUCCGUCACGGCUGCCCUCCACUCCUUCUGGCUCCACAGCCUCUGUGACAUCUACCUGGAGUGUAUCAAGCCGGCGCUGACCCAGCAGGCCGGUGGAGGCGUGGCGUCGGGCCAGGUCAACGCGGCGGACAGCGGGGUCGGUCACGGAGAGGCCCGGGUGUCUGGCAGUGUGCUCUUCCACUGUGUGACCGUCUCCCUGGCGCUGCUCUCGCCCUUCAUGCCAUUCCUCACCGAGGAGCUGUGGCAGAGGCUCCGCCCCCUCAGCGGCCAGGGAGAGGAUGGGGUCACGACCAGCCUGUGUCUGCAGUCUUACCCACAGUCGGCACACCUGGCACACUGGCACUUCCCCCAGGAGGAAGCAGACUUCUCUCUGGUCCAGGAAGUGGUGAGGGUAGCCAGGUCUCUCAGGGCCCAGAGUGGUGUGACCAAAGAAAGGCCUGACAUGUGGGCUGUUUGUUCGGUCAGCCAAGCCCAGACUCUCGUCCGCUUUGGCCCUGCCAUUCAGACCCUGGCCAGGAUCUCUACCUUGCACCUCCACUGCCCCCGUGAGGCCGGGGGAGACUGCUCCCUAUUCUCCCCCUCUGCUCCACCCAAAGGCAGUGCUGUGGGUGUGGUCGACCACUCCUGUCAGUUACACCUCCGGGUGCAGGGUGAAGUGGUGUUGAACAAACGUGGUCUGCAGCUUUCCCAGCGCAAAGAGAAGCUUCUCUGUAAGCUUGAACAGUCGCUGUCUCGAACCCGGGUGCCAGAGUACUCCGAAACGGUUCCAGAGUGGGUGAGGCUACGGACUGAAAAGAAGAUCUCAGCCUUGCAGCACGAGCUGAGAAACAUUGAGGAGCAACUGACAGCACUACAAGGACCAAGACAAGACAACUGAAACGCAGAUAGUGUAUCCUGAAAGGCAAUCCAUUUUCAUUAAGCUUGGGUCAAAAUAAUUAUUAAAGCCUCCACUCCGGACUGUCACCAGGGCUUCAAUUCGGACAUUAAUCAUGUAAAUGAUGGACCCAUAGGUGUUCUGGCAGUGAACACAACUGCACACCUUGCCCUAAAAUAACCAAAGUGGUAACUACCGUACUGUAGUGAUCCUUGCUUUGAUUCAAGUCACAUAGUUCCUGAAUGUAAAAUAUUAAAUUAUUCAG